AUGGCGUCUGUACUAAUGCCCUCUAUCAUCGAGGAUAAGCUCCGGCCGCACGCCAAAGAAACGCUGGAAGCAGUCAAGAGAUUCGUGGAAGAGGAGUGUAUCCCCGCAGACACAGUGUUCGAGGCACAACUGUCUACCCAUCCGGACCAACGGUCGAAGUCAAUGCCUCCAAUCUUGGAAGAUCUCAAGCAACGGGCGCGCCAGCUGGGGCUGUGGAACCUGUGGAUGCACUCACAUCUUGAAGAAGGGCCAGGUCUCACGAAUGUCGAAUACACGCUCAUGUGUGAGAUCAUGGGUCGCAGUUUGACACUCGCAAAAUAUGGAAAUGAACAACAGAAAAUGGAAUGGUUGAGGCCUUUCAUGGAUGGAAAAGUCAGGUCGGCCUAUGUCAUGACGGAGCCCACUGUGGCCGCAUCAGACGCAGAGAGUCUUGCCUUAGAAAUGCGCCGAGAAGGUAAUGAGUAUAUCUUGAACGGUGUC